AUGACGGCGGAAACGCUGAAACCGUUUCUCAAUCUACCGAACGCGACGGCCGACGAGCUGAAAGCACGCUGCGCGCAAAAGUCCACCGUUAAGCGAGGAUUAGUUGCACUGGGAUGCAUUCUAGCGGCGGCCCUUUGCUGUGCGCUCAUCGGUGUGCAGAUCUGGCAUUUGAAUAAGACGGCCGCACUGCAACAGGAAGUCGAUGACCUGAAAAUGCAACUGUACCAACGUGCCCGCGAGUUCACCGAUUACGAGUUUGACAACGAUCUGUUUGACAAUGCGGACGAGUACGCGUACGAACCGGAGGAAGACCUCGACCAGGAUGUGUCCGACGAUGGCCACCGGGAGCAGGAAACGAACGACAGUGGUCUGAUGAGCAGUGGUAUGCAGGACGAAGAGAUGGAGGACAAUGAGGAGCGGGAAAACCUUGGACUCGAGGAUCUGAGGGAAACGAACGAAGACGACGAUAUUAUCAUCGAUGACAGUGUGGACACUAGUGUGCCCGGUGGCAUCCGUCGGGCCCGAUCCAUUUCCGGUGUUACACGGCAGGGUGUGCCGAUUGUCGAUGAACCGUAUGUACCGAGGCGGAACCGUACCCGGCAUCCGCACCGGAUCUACGAGCAACUGCGCCAACGGCCGGAAGAGCUGGUCACACCGCCGCCCUCGGGGGAAAUGUUCCGAUGGGACGUCGAAAAUCGCAAAACUCACACAGCCUCCCGUCAGCAGUCGUACGGCUCUAUUAGCAUUAGACCGUACCAGCAUGAAAUACACAACCACCGAGAGCAUCACAGCACCACACCGAUGCCUGUGGCGUAUGGAUCACGUGUGGACGUAAGACAUCACUCACGCAACGAGCUGAAUGCCGGAAACCCAACCAAACCACCGGCACCAAUGCUGAACCGAAUGAGCCGCGUCCAGGCAACCGGUGAAACCAUGCGAAAACAGCUCCAGCAGACACAACGAUUCCCCAAGGUGGUUGGCAAUCCUGGCACACAGAAGGAAAUCGUAAUGGCACCGGAAUCACGCGUUCGUUUGCGUCAGCGCAAAACCGGCGCUGCCCAGUCGGGCGAACCGUUGGCGAAGGGUGUGCACCUGGUAAAGCAGAGCAGCAGCGGCGUUUUCCACCGGAACACGCGCCACCGCGACUGGACCGCGAAGGAUGACGCGAGCAAGCAGGCCAUACAGUCGGGUCAAACGUUUGCCUUCGACGGUGAGCAGCUUACCGUCAACGAGCCCGGCCUGUACUACGUUUAUGCGCAGGUGACCUACAGCAACGAGUACGACACGAACGGCUUCAAGGUGUUGGUGGGCGAUAAAAAGCAUCUUUCCUGCUCCGUGCACUCGCGGGGCGAAAACACCAACACCUGCUUUACGGCGGGUAUUACCGAAAUUCCUAACCACAGCACAACCAUCGCCAUCGAGGACGUGGAUCAUGGCCGGCAGCACGUCAUGUACCCGGAGAAGACGUUCUUUGGCGUGUUCAAGAUUGGCCGGCUACCGCAAACGGGUGCCGUCCGUCACCGAUCGGCUCGGAAGGUGGUUUAG